AUGGAAGAAGUGGACAAGAUCCUCAUCCGUGCUUUGAAACAAGUGGGCACGGAGGUGCCAGAGGAGGUGGACAGUGUGAAGCUCUUCAGCAGUGAGCUGGUGGUCCAGGCCGUGGUCUCAUGUCUCCGUGUGAUCGACCCAGGACUGGACCACGGACUGCCCUCCUCCCUCCCCCCAGGGAUGUCUGCUCGCUUCAGGGUCGGCAUGAGUCUGGCACAGGCCUGCCAGGACGUGGGGUACAAGGGGGAGCUGGGGUACCAGACGUUCCUCUACAGCUCUGAGCCCGAGAUCCGCUCUCUGCUCAUGUUCCUGGUGGAGAAGCUUCCACGAGGGAGCAACGAGUCCUCAGACCAGUCCUCAGGUAAAUCAGUUCUGUUGCACAAAGACAUCGCGGCGGCGCUGAAGGCUGAGCUGCACGUGCCCUGGCUGCCCCGGACCUGCCGUCUGCCCCGGACCUGCCGUCUGCCCCGGACCUGGCGCCUGCCCCGGACCCACGAUCCAGACGUCCUGCACCACUUCCACUCCCAGCCUCUCAGUCUGCCUCACAGCCCAGACCGGACAGGCCUCUGCAAAGAGCUGCUUGAAUACCAGAGAGACCUGUUGCCCCCGGUGACCAGCCAGACCUCCCAGACCUCAGUCCUGGCCUCAGUCCUGGAACAGCACACCUCCCACUGCUGCCAGACCCAGGACUGGAACAGCGAGUGGAACAGCCAGGGCCUGCUGUCCCGGCUCAGCCCUGAGGAGUACCGGCUGAGGAAGCGCGCUCGUCUGCGUCAGCGCCUGGAUGAGCAGGUGCGCUCUGCUGUGGCCGCUGAUGGUUCCUCUAAUGGUUCCUCUGAUGGUUCCUCUGGAUUAGAGCUGUCAGAGCUGCUGCGCUCCUUCAGAGGCUCAGAGCAGCUCCCACAGAAGAGCUCCCACUUCAGCCACACACAGAAGUUCACCUUCACUCAGGAGGCCUCCCCCCUCCCCCUCCCCCCGGUGGCCUUAGGGGGGGGUCAGCAGCAGCAGCAGGAGGAGCUCAGAGCGUUACAGCAGCAGCUGCAGCAGCUGUGCACAGGUGUGGAGCAGCUCACAGUGGAACUGAAGCACCGGAGCCUCACCGCAGCACAGGUACCACAGCACAGGGACCACAGCACAGUUACUACAGCACAGGGACCACAGCACAGUUACUACAGCACAGGGACCACAGCACAGGUACCACAGCACAGGGACCACAGCACAGUUACUACAGCACAGGGACCACAGCACAGGGACCACAGCACAGGGACCACAGCACAGGGACCACAGCACAGGGACCACAGCACAGGGAGCACAGCACAGGGACCACACAGGGACCACAGCACAGGGACCACAGCACAGGGACCACAGCACAGGGACCACACAGCACAGGGACCACAGCACAGGGACCACCACCACAGCACAGCACAGGGACCACAGCACAGGGAGCACAGCACAGGGACCACAGCACAGGGACCACAGCACAGGGCACAGGGACCACAGCACAGGGACCAGGGACCACAGCACAGGGACCACAGCACAGGGACCACAGCACAGGGACCACAGCACAGGGACACACAGCACAGGGACACAGCACAGGGACCACAGCAGCGUGAAAAUGAGGAAAAACAACAUCAGAUCCAAGUCAAGAAGAAAACCAUCGACCUUCUACCAGAGACCGACAAGAACCUGCUCCAGAUGCAGGUGAGCUGUUCCCAUGGAGCAGGUGGAGACCAGCGCACGCCGUGUACUCAGCCUCGCACGCAGUGGAAAAACACAGGACUCCCACUGAUCGAAGAGAAACGCAGACUGAAGGAACUCUGCAGGGUCCAGGACAUGGAAUCUUCUGGAAAAUUGUCUGAGAUCCGGUCUCUACACGAAAAGAUCUCUGUGUGUUCGGAGGAGGCGAAGAAGAAGGAGCAGACCUACAAACAGCUGGUGUCGGAGCUGGAGUCUCUGCCUCAGGACGUGUCCCGCUCGGCCUACACCCAGAGGAUCCUGGAGAUCGUCAGCAACAUCCGAAAACAGAAGGAGGAGAUCAGCAAAAUUCUGUCGGACACUAAAGAACUGCAGAAGGAGAUCAACUCUCUGACGGGGAAACUGGACCGAACCUUUGCCGUCACAGACGAGCUCAUCUUUAAGGACGCCAAGCGAGACGAGUCGGUCCGGAAGUCCUACAAGCACCUGGCCGCGCUGCACGAGAACUGCAACCAGCUGAUCCAGACCAUCGAGGACACAGGCUCCAUCCUGAGAGAGAUCCGCGAUUUAGAGGAACAGAUCGAAACAGAGAGCGGCAACAAGACUGUGGCAAACCUGGAGCGGAUCCUAGAAGACUACAGGUCCAUCAGACUGGAAAACUCUGCUCUGGCUGCUAAAGUCCAGUGA